AUGGAUCACUCUAGUCUCCACGCAUUUAUUAUCUCCUCUUUCCUUGACAAGCAGCGUGCCCCAACCAUUGACGAGGUCGCCGCCCACUUCGGUAGCGAUAGUGCCACCGCGAGGCAAAGUCUACGAGCGCUAGCCGAGUACCACGGUGCCGUGCUGCACCCAAAAUCAGACGAGGUGUGGAUUGCUCACCCCUUCUCGGCUGCACCUACGACAUGCACAGUCUCGUCUGGAGAUCGUACAUGGUGGGGGAACUGCGCAUGGUGCUCGUUGGGCGUGAUGCAUCUCGCAGGCGGAACAUCGACGUUUAGGACGCGGAUAGGCGCCAUUGGCGACGAAGUCACGCUGACCGCCAGGGAUGGCAAGCUUGUCGACACGGACUUUGUGAUCCAUUUCCCAGUCCCUAUGCGCAACGUCUGGGACAAUGUGGUGUACACUUGCUCGGUACAACUGCUCUUCAGGACCGAGGCCGAGGUCGACGAGUGGUGCGCAACAAGAGGCAUUGCCAAGGGCGAUGUUCGACCGAUUCAGCAGAUUUGGGAUUUUGCCGCAGAAUGGUAUGGGAGCCAUGCUAACGCAGACUGGACAAAAUGGUCCUUACACGAGGCCAUGGAGAUCUUUGCUAGACAUAAGCUCGACGGUGAGAUCUGGGCGAUAGGUGAUGGGGCUGGGCGGUUCUGA